AGAACGAUGGUGGAUAAAUUUUUGGUCUGUAUGCGAAACGCAUAUCCUUCGAGCAAGUUGCCAUGUAAACUUUACAGUGUAAAGUGAUGAAAGCCACGAUGAUCCACGCGCUUCGUCCACGACGAGGGCACAGUCACUACCGACCGUGAGACCAACAAAAAUGACUGUCUGGAUCUGAGCUGUAGCGCCCCCGACGUCAAGCUUGUUACAACAUGCCCGGUCUGUUGCUAAGUACACACCGGCAGUCUCUGCCAGCUGGGAAAUCGGCUGCGACGAUACUUGGCUGCUUGCCAUUCAGUGCUCGGGAGCAGACCUUAGGGCGCCUUUGAGGAACUUGGCGUACAAGUAUCCUAGACCCGCCCCCCGUAAACAGUGGUCGGCUUGGGCUGGUCUCACGUAGACUCCCGUCAUCAAUUACAACUCGCAAUACUGCAUAAAGAUUUCUUUUAUGCGAGUAGAGGGGGUGAAGGUAAUUGUUCCGGUGCUCAGAAUUGAUCACUAGCCCCAGUUCUUGAACGUCGACGUCUUUCACGAACACUUGUGGUCACCAAGAUGGCGACGAGAACACCAGAAGAAGUGCUACAUGUAGCAGGUGUUGGCACAAAACCUUAAUCGCCCUAAUCGGCCUUAUUACUUGUUAUUUUACCGGCGAACCCUUCGUCGCGGAGUCCUGCCGGGCCCUGUCCUGGUGUUAUAGGCCCAAGAGACCCGGAUGCCGAAUAACUUUGCCCACUUUGGCAUCACAGGUGAUCUCCUAAGGGGUGGAGGAUCUUUUAAAGAUGGAGAAAGCGACGCGUCUUUUGAAGAGGUGGAGCCUUUAUUUUGCUCGUGAAGCGACGCGUCUUUUGAAGAGGUGGAGCCUUUAUCCCCCACGGUGAUCACAAUUUCCAAGGCUCCAAGCCUCAAAUAUAUGCGAUGUUUAUCUUCCUGAGCAAGAAGAUCGCCAUCCCCAACAAUGUCAAGCUGCGAUGUGCAUCAUGGAACUCGGAACAAGGUUGGAUCGCUUGCGGCGGUCAGCACGGUCUGCUCAAGGUGCUACGACUUGAAUCAGCAGGGCAGACCGACGGUAAAGGCCCACGCGGCAUCGCAGCCGCUAGCAAUCUCACUAUGAACCAGUCGCUAGAGGGCCACAACGGCGCCGUGGUGUGCGCUACGUGGAACGCCAACUUCAAGAAGCUCACCACAAGCGAUGAGAACGGUCUCAUCAUCGUAUGGGUACUACAUCGUGGCAUGUGGUAUGAAGAGAUGAUCAACAACCGUAACAAGAGCGUCGUGCGCGAUAUGAAGUGGACGACCGACGGCCAGAAGAUCUGCAUCGCGUACGAGGACGGCGCUGUGAUCGUCGGCUCGGUCGAUGGCAAUCGUCUUUGGGGUAAAGAGAUGAAGACCCAAUUGGCCUUUGUAGAGUGGUCACCCGACGGUAAGUCCUUGUUAUUUGUGACUAAGGACGGUGAGGUGGCUGUACACGACGCGAUGGGCAACAAAGUGAGCAACUUAACGCUCUACGCCGUCGAGUCACGUGGCGGUGGCAGCGACUACAAGAUCAUUGGCGUUCAUUGGUACGACGGUAUUGAGGGGCACAUCAGUCAGGAGGCGCCCACAUUGGCCAUUGCGUUCCGUGACGGCAAAGUGCAGAUCACUCGCGGCAGAUUCGACGAGAACGCCGUUCUAAUCGACACGGGGAUGGAGUUAACUCAAGUUAGAUGGAACAACGACGGCAGUGUCAUCGCCCUUGCUGGUACUCAGGUGGAUCCUUCGGCGUCAAAAAUUGACGCGCCGAAAGAGUUCAACGUCGUCCAGUUCUAUGACCCGUUUGGACGUCAUUUACGCUCGCUUCGAGUACCUGGGAGUCGAAUUGAAGCGUUGGCCUGGGAAGGAACGGGUUUACGUAUCUGUCUGGCGGUGGACUCGCACAUCUACUUUGCUAACAUUCGUCCAGCGUACAAGUGGGGAUUCUACGCGAACACAUUGGUUUACACGUACAACCGUGCGGACCAGAUCGAGAACUGCGUCGUCUUUUGGGAUACCAAGUCAGAUGAGCGAUGCACCAAGUACAUUCGUGGACUUCUAGCGAUCAAGGCGGCAGGAGAUAACUGCGUGCUGGUGACUAAGAUAUACAACGAAGAUAUGGGCACGGGUGAAGUAAAUGGACAGCUUGUGGACGACGAACAGGGUGUAUUCAAGGAGAUCCAGUACCAGUUGAUCCUGUGCGACACAAUUGGGUCUCCAAUUGAGUCCAAGAUCAUCGACUUUGAGCCACUGUUUGUGUCCAUGACGUCGCGUCAUAUCGUAGCAGCCUCGACUGAUGCCAUCUAUGUCUGGCAGUACAAGAACUCCAGUGCUAAACUGACUGGUUUGGUCUCUGGCUCACAGAACCAAGAUACGAUGGAUGUGAGCACAAUCUCGCAGCUACUGCAGCGAGGAGGUCGGGAGAAAGCGUUUUACAUCGAUGAGACACAAGGCAACGAUGUCGAACACUUCCGAUACGUUUCUCGGCAGCUAGAAGACCCGAUCUGUGCCAUCUGCGCCUCGGACAGUUGGAUCUUCGCAGCUCGAGCGAGCGGAUUGAUCCACUGCUUCACUUUGCCUCACAUUUCGCUCGAGAUGAAGUACAUUGUGAACUGUCGUCCGCAGUUCCUGGCUCUAAACUGCAACUCAACGUUGUUGAGUGUGAUCGAUAUCAACGGAUUGUUGACCAUCAUGGAGGUCGGAGCGGCUGGAAGUUUAAAUACUACACAGGGCAAGAUGCUAAACUUUGAGAAGAAGGACGCAUGGGACGUCGUAUGGGCUGAAGACAACCCGGAGCUGUUCGUGAUGAUGGAGAAGGCUCGAAUGUACGUGUAUCGCGGACUGGAGCCUGAAGAACCAGUCUCGUCUUCGGGAUAUCUCUGCUAUUACAAGGAUUUACAAGUGAAGGCUGCCCUGUUGGAUGAGAUCCUCACAAACCCUGAACAACCAGACAAGAACAUGGUCAUAGAGUUCCAGACUCGAUCACUGCGAGAUGCCAGGGCGCUUCUGGAUAAUGUAGGCCUUGCUGAAGCGUGCGAGUACAUUCAAGACCACCCACAUCCACGACUCUGGUCUCUACUAGCAGAGGCUGCACUGGACCAACUAGAUUUUGGCAUGGCCGAACGUGGCUUCGUCAAAUGUGGAGACUACAGCGGCAUCCAGUACGUCAAGCGACUGCAGCUACUCAACGAUCGCGUCAAGCAAAAAGCGGAGGUUGCCGCAUAUUUCCAAAAUUUUGACGAAGCUGAGGCGCUCUAUCGCAAAAUUGACCGCAAAGAUCUGGCUAUCGAUCUCCGUCAGCGGCUUGGCGACUGGUUCCGAGUUGUUCAGCUUGUUCAGUCAGGCGGGGGUAACGACGACUUGCUCACCCACGCGUGGAACAUGAUCGGCGAGUAUUUUUCCGACCGCCACAAGUGGGAGAAGGCGAUUAAAUACUACGCACAAGCAAAGAAUAUCAAUGCACUGGUACAAUGCUACUACGCUAUGGGAGAUUUCAACCAGCUAGAAGCUUUCGUGAACGAUAUCCCUGAGACCUCUCCACUGCUAAAAGAUAUGGCCGUCAAGUUCACGCGAGCUGGAUUGUGUCAAUCUGCUGUGGAAACCUAUGUGCGAAUGGGAGACGUCAAGUCUGCCAUCGACUCCUGUGUACUCCUGAACGAAUGGGAGCGCGCUGUGGGGCUAGCGGAACAAUACAACUUCCCUCAAAUCGAGAAUGUACUGACAAAGUACGCAAACCACCUCAUGAUGAACGGGAAGACACUACAAGCGAUCGAGUUAUACCGUCGUGCGAAUAAAAGUACCGAGGCUGCCAAGUUACUGGCAAAACUCGCUAAAGAAGUGGGGAAGAACCCGUUGCGUGCCAAGAAACUGCACGUGUUAGCAGCGUUUGAGGUGGAGCGGAUGAGGAAGAAGAUGCUGGACGUGUCGAGCUUGACGAGUACAAAAGGCACCACAGCAGCUCAAGUGACUGCGCAGACAUUGGAGAGUCUUGUCCAACAUGAUGCAGCAACGGGUGAGGACCGGUCAUUGGACAAUCCUUGGCGUGGCGCUGAAGCGUAUCACCUCUACCUUCUCGCUCAUCGCCAGCUGUACGGUGGACGCAUUGAUCGUGCGUUGCGAACUUGUCUGAAACUCUCGGCGUACGAGGAUAUUCUGGAAGAGCGCGAGAUCUACUCUCUCAUCGCUCUCACUGCGUUCUACACGAAACAUUACGAGCAAUGCUCCAAGGCAUUCGUUAAGCUCGAGACGCUUCCCGGUCUGGACGACAAGGAGUUGCAGGCGAUGAGUGAACUUGCUCUCAAGAUUUUCACCACCACGCGGACGGAGCACCAAGACCCAACCAUGCGUCCACAGGAGUGUCCGAAUUGCCGAUGCCAAGUGAAGGAAUGGGAUGCUCGUUGUGGCAACUGCAGUCGUCCGUUCCCGACGUGUAUGAUGACGGGGAUGUCGAUCCAGACCCAAAACACGAAAAUGUGCAAAGCUUGUCGCCACGUGUGCAUCGAAAUCGAGAUUCGAGACCAGAAGAACUGCCCCCUGUGCCACACCCCAUUUUCAUUUAUGUAGUUUACUCCUAUGUAGGCCGUAGCUACUAUCCAUACAAGACAGUUAUCAACAAGUGAGACCGUUCAUUAGUACUAUCUUGAAACGACUCAUCGAGUCUUCAAAGUUACUAGUGAUGAAGGCAAGAACACGC